AUGGUCAUGGAGAUCAGUACGGAAUUGGAUACCAGCAACCGUCCCGAUGAGUGGAAGAUUGAACAGGGUAUGGCUGGCCAUAAGCUGCCUAUCCUAGAUCAAACUGGGAGCGAUACCAUCAAUCUGUAUCCUCCUCCACCGACCAAGAUCAUCAGAGAUGAAGAAGCUAUUCAGUCGGUGGGCGAUCGUGCAAAGCUGUUCUCUCGAGAGCGCGUGGGUUGGAAAGGAUACGUCGAAUGGGAGAACUAUCCGGAGAAAAAGGCCAAAGCCAAAAAGAUCUUAGCAUCCCAGACCUUCCCAGGAUGCCCUGACUUCAUGUUCGGUCCCAUCCCCGGCACCAAUCCCGUCCUGCCUGGCGAUGACUUCAAAGCAUGGCAUGAGGCUCUGGGCGGAGAACUCACCACGGUGUCCGACGAUUCCUGGCGUACGGUGCUCCGCGAGAAGCAUCCCGAUAUGCUUCACCUCCUCCAGUUCCCCUAUAACGGCGAACCCCCCAAGCGACUUGUUACUUCGAAAGCGAUCACACCCAAUCCACUCCACUUUGUGCGAAACCAUGGUGGUAUUCCUAUCAUCGACGAGGACAAGUUCGAUCUAUCGCUGGAUGGCCUGGUCGCAAACCCCAAGACCUAUACCCUGGACGACAUUAUGGACGAGUCUCGGUUCCCCCGCAUGGAAAAGACCGUCACCAUUCAGUGCUCGGGCACCCGCCGUAUCGAACAGAUUGCACUGUACGGUGGCCAGGGUGACGAAGUGCCUCAGGCUCCAUGGGCCGAGGGUGCUAUUGGAACCGCUCGUUAUGUGGGCAUCAGCUUGAAGAAACUGAUCAAAGACUGUGGCGGCCUGGUCAAGCCCGCCAAACACCUCGAGCUCUACGGUGCAGAGACCUAUUUCAAGGAUCUCGAGGUGGGCAACUACGUUGUCAGCGUCCCGUGGUCUAAAGUCAAGGCCAACGAGGUCAUUCUGGCCUGGGAGAUGAACGGCGAGCCACUGCCCAGGAUCCACGGCUACCCACUGCGGGUUGUCGUUCUGGGAUACAUUGGUGCUCGAAGCGUCAAGUGGCUGUACCGCAUCAAGGCCAUUGAGAAUCCCUCUCGCGCCCCGGUCCAGAGCAAGGAGUAUCUAUACUUCAACCAACAGGUUGGCAAGUACAACCAGCGCGCGACAGACGGUAUCCAGAUUCAAGAGAUGCCUGUCAGUUCUGCGAUCAUGUCGCCCUGGACCAAGCAAGCCGUCGUACACAUGGGCAAGAUCCGAUGCAAGGGCUGGGCAUACUCUGGCGGAGGUCGCUGGCCAGAGCGAGUCGAGCUUUCCGCCGAUGGAGGCUUCACUUGGUACGACGUGCCGCCGGAGAAACUGUCCAAGAAGGGCCGUUGGACGUGGCGAACAUGGGAAUAUGAUUUGCCUUGUGAUGUGGAAGGUUGGAUCGAGAUUGUUUGUCGAUGCUGGGACAACUCGCUCAAUACGCAGCCACUCAAUAUUCGUGCGGCAUGGAAUUGGGGCCUGCAUGUUACCUCCUCGGCACAUCGCAUCAAGGUUUACAGUGUCAAUAAGAGUCGGGAGACUACCAGGAAACGCUUGGAUAAGUUUGAGCAUCUUGGUAUCCCACUGGCUCCUUUGACUAAGUAUGAUGUUGUUCCUGGUCAGACGUCAGAAGAGUAUGAGCAAUACUGGCGGGAUCAUGAUCCUCGCGAUGUCGAUGAUUGA